CCUACAGUUGUGGCGUGGAAAGUUGAGAGACAUCUACUCCGAGUCAGAGGAACAGGAGAGUGAGCCCCACAAUUGUGCACCAUGCAGCAGACCAAGUCGAAGAGCUUAUACCUCGUCCUAAUUCUUGUGGGGCUGGUGGUGAUGGGACAGCAGACCGCAGCAGACAUGUAUCUUUGCGGCACCGAACUGAACGAUGCCCUGUCCACCAUGUGUGGCCGCCAUGGCUAUAACCGGAUGCUGAAGCGGUCUUUCGAUCCGACGGACUACAAUGAUAUCGAGGGUGGAUUCGGAUUGGCCAGAAUGGAAUUUGAUGAUCGCUCGCUUCUCCAUCGAAUGCUGGGCGAGAGCGCCGCUCAGCUGAUGAAGACACGGCGUCGUCGUGUCGGGGUCUCCGACGAAUGCUGCCUGAAGCCGUGCUCACUUGGAGAGCUCCUCAACUACUGUGCCAAGCCGCCUGGGCAGUAUGGGAACUAAUGGAGCACAACUGAUGAUAUCUGGAAGCUAAUGAAUAGAACUGAAUAGCCUGGGAUAAUGUGAAUCGGCAGAUAGAUAUAUAUAUAUAUACCUAUAUAUAAAUACAUAUGUAUAUUUUAAUUAUUUACUAUCGGAAAUUGGAGGAGACCGGGUUGAUAGCAUGUAUGUUUGUAUGUACUACCUAUAGGGCCAUGAAUAUUCCACCUCUCUAUAAAUUAUUAAAUAAAUUAUCCAUUCAAACUGCUGCAGA